CACCAUGCCGCAUCUGCAACGGCAAAACGACGCGAUGGAUGCCCGACUCCACGGCAACCCCAUGUCUCACGGCCUCUCAUUCGACGACGGUACAUCGAACCGGGAAUAGAACCCUGCGCGCGGUGGCACGGUUUCCAUGGUACCGCUCUGCGCUGCGCUCGACUCGACCUGUCGGCCAGCACGGCGAGCGGGCCGGCGGCGCGGGCCAACUCACUGCCAUCUGUCGCUUUGAAAGAAGCAGACAAGGGCGCGGCGCGCCGAUGCAGACAACAAGCAUCCAUAUGCUGACAGCAACAAACGAGCGCCAUCUCCACUUCUUCGCAACGGCUCUCCCAUGUCCAACCCCCCUCCUCCUCUUGCCUGCCUCGAGACCUCUUCUGGAAACCCCUCCGCCGACAGGCUCCAUCUGGGGCCGAUCCAGCUCUCCAGGCGACGCACAUCAGGACUAGCACCAAGAAGGGCCGGUGCGCGACCGAGAAGACCCAAGGAAGGGCAUUAAACCGCUCGCGAACCAGCACUCUCGCUCGCCCUUGGCUCCCUGGCGAGGAGGCGAAGUCAAGGUCCUCCUCAGCCAGCCCCCCCCAAACCGCUUCGAGCUUGCUCGCCACCUCGUCCCGUGGUCGUGGCUGUCCAACACCGGCCGUUGUUUGAAAUUAACUUGAUGCUUGGCAGCCGUUGCGUUUUGCCGCCGUCCAACGCGUCCGCCGCUUCCCCCGGUGCGUGCUGCGUCCGACGGAGCCUGUCGCCCGUCGGGUCCGCCGUUGUCGUGCCCUUUUUAUACACGCUGCCUUGAGCUCGGCCUCCUCGUGGCGACCACGUUGUGCACCCCCCUUUCGACUGUCCCGUGGCCUCCCCAGACAGUUCGUUGCCCUUGCGUGCGUGGAGAGCGUUGUCAUCUUCGUCAAAAAGAAGGGGAAGAAAACCCUUGCUGUUGAUUUUCUCCUCACCUUCUUCUUUCGUCCAGCCCUUUCCCAUUCCUUUUCACCCUCACUCGCUCACCCCUCUUCACUGCUGUUUGUUCUUUCUUGUAUCUUGUCUUGAUAUCACCGUCUUGUAUACUCGAGCGAGGCAUUGAAGCGGCUGCCGACAUGUCGCCCGAGGAGGAAAAGCAGCCCACGACGGGCGCGUCGGACGUGUCGCCCCCCAAGUCGGCCGGGUCGGAGACGUCGGAUACGCCCAUCGACCCCAAGGCAGAAAGCAAGCUGGUUCGGAAGCUCGAUCUCAUCGUCUUUCCCUGCUUCUUCCUCAUUUACAUGAUGGCCUUUUUGGAUCGCAUCAACAUCAGUAAUGCCGCCAUUCAGGGCCUCACCGCGGAACUUCACCUCGAUGUUGGAACCCGCUUCAACGUCGCUCUCUUUGCCUACUAUGCCUCCUACGUGCUUCUCGAGGUGCCGUCCAACAUGAUCAUUAAAAAGGUUCGGCCCUCGCUUUAUAUUUCGGGCCUUAUGUUCAUCUGGGGCAUCAUCAAUAUGUGCAUGGGAUUCGUGCACUCGUACGCCGCCCUCGUCGCGUUGCGCGUCCUGCUCGGCGCCUUUGAGGCCGGUGUGCUCCCGGGCAUCGUCUACGUCACCUCCAUGUACUACAAGCGCCACGAGUACCAGAAACGCAUGUCCUUUUUCUUCUGCAGCACCGUCGUUGCCGGUGCUUUUGGCGGCCUACUUGCGUACGCCAUUGCCGGCCUCGGCCGCCCCGGGAUGGCGGCCUGGCGAUGGAUCUUUAUCAUCGAGGGCGCCAUCACGUCGGCGCUCGCUAUCAUCCUGUCCUUUGUCAUCAUCGACUGGCCCGAGCAGACUCGUUAUCUCAACGCCGAGGAGAAAGAGCUCUUGCGCCGACGCAUGGCAGCCGACGUCGGUGAUGUUUGCCGCAUGGACAGUCUCAAUAAGUUUGCCGUUCGCCGUAUUCUCCGCGACUAUAAGAUUUGGCUCGCUGCCUUUGUCUAUAUGGGUGUGUCGGUGGCCGGUCUGUCCGGAACCUUCUUCUUGCCGACUAUCCUGCUCGAGUUCAACUGGAAGGCCGAGGAGGCGCAAAUCCGUACUAUCCCUGUCUACGUCUUUGCCGCGGGCAUGAUGUUAAUCGGCGCGUGGGCGUCGGACCGCCUUAAGCACCGAUUCGGCUUCAUCUUUGGCGGCGCGUGCCUCUCGACCGUCGGAUACGCUAUGCUGCUCGCUCAGGAGGGCAAGUCGCGCGACUAUAAGUUCGCCGCCGUCUUCCUCGUCUUUGGCGGCGCUUAUAUGAUUACGCCUAUGUGUCUGGCCUGGCUGCAGAACAACCUGUCGGGCCAUUGGAAGCGAUCGUUUGGCGCCUCGUCGCAGGUCAUGAUUGGCAAUCUCGCGGGCAUCAUCGGCGCCUUCAUUUUCAUCAAGGAGGAGAAGCCGCUCUAUAAGACGGGCUACGGCGUCGCCGUGGGCAUGAUGUGGUUCGGCGCUAUCUGCGCUACCAUCAUGGCCGGGCUUAUGUGGAGGGAGAACCGGAAGAGGGAGAAGGGCGAGCGCGACGAGCGACUCUCGCUGCCCGAGGAGGACAGGCUCAACAUGGGCGACUGGCACCCGAGCUUCCGAUUCACCCUGUAAAUACGGUGUUUUAAUCAGCGCGUUGUUGGCGGGCGUGUAAAACUUUUUCUGCGAAUCUACCCGGUUGUGCAGCUACAACAUACAUACACAAGCGCAAAUACCAUCCUAUUCUCACUGUCUGAGCUG